GUGGUAUAUACCACCGUUCCGAUAGUAUAUUAAUAUAAGAUUGACUUUCGCCCGCGCUCGUAUUCUAUGCGUACCUCAAUCAGUAUAAUUGACUUGAUUUUAUUGUAAAUAUAUCGCUGUACACUUUUUAGUUGCUGCCGUGCCGAGUAGGAAGUUGGAACUGCAAGUGACGCGUCGCGUUCGUUCGACGACGGCAAUUCAUCAUUGUGAACGCACUGUAAUAUCCACGCGAUGACGUACACCGCCGAUACCGACGUAGCGGCCGCAGCCGCGUUAAACCUGCUCCGCGACAAUAUCGGCCGGGCCGGAACGACGGGCGGCAGCGUCGAUGGCCCGUGGUACUAUCCACCGAUCGCGCUCGACGAAGACGGCCGGCUGUGGGGCAGCUGCGCCGACCACAUGAAACGUGUGCUGGAGAACCGUAUGGCCGUUCGACACUACUACCGGUCAUUGCAGCCGGAUGCGCCCGCGCCGCUUCUGCUGAGCCGCACCGGCCACGUGGCCGUCAUCGAGGCGUUCGCGGCCGACCUGCUGACGUACUACCGGCCGCUGCUGGCCGCCAUCGACCCGUUGCGCAGUGACCUGGGUGCCCAGACCGUCGUUUUGUUGGCCGAGGCCAACGUCCUUUACAACAUCGUGUUGGCUAUGCGCCCGUGACCCGACCCGGCGGCCCGACAUACGCUAGUCUGGUCGGCGAAAACGAAGACCGGUCGAUUCGCCGCAGACCGCGUGCCGCGGGAAACCCGUCUUUACAUCUCACUC